AGCGAGGGAGAAGAUUGGAUGUUGGUUGUGGAAUGGGAAUGGAGGGAACGCACGAGGAUUCGAGGAAUUGCUGGAUGACCAGAUGAAACGAUCACUGGAAGAAAAUUUCGGAAUUUCAAUUGAUCAGAGGAUCUUUGAGGGAUGA